GGGUGGUUUUUGCCCAAUGUUUCUAUAGUCAAAAAGCCCGUCUUAUGUUUAUGAUGCAAAUUUCAGUACCCAAAGGCGUGCUUCUUUGUUCAGAGUACUAACAUACACAAAAGCAGAAAGAUUUGUGGUUUUGUCUUUUGUUUCUUUCUUGUCUGCAUCUUUGAGAUGAAAUCUUAGAAGAGCAUAAAGCUUGGCAGGAUCAGAAAGAGGAACGCUAGUGCGUGUUGUGUGUGUUUUCGUUGCAUGAGAGUGUGAGUUUCGGAGAAAUCAAGAGAUGGGGUGCUGUUACUCGAGGAUAAAGCAAGAGGAAAUGGUUUCAAGAUGCAAGGCAAGAAAGAGGUACAUGAAACAGUUGGUUAAAGCAAGGCAAGCUUUCUCAGCUGCUCACAGCAUGUAUCUAAGGUCUCUCAGAAACACUGGCUCAGCUCUGCUUCAAUUUGCAACCAAUGAGACAAACCUUCACUACCAAAACCACCACCUUCCGCCGCCACUGCAGCCGCCUUUGCGGCCGCCUCAACUCCCAGCCACCCCACCACCUCCGCCGGUCCCAAUGAGUCCUGUUUCUGACAGGUGGACAACCUCCACCACCACCACCCACACCACCUCUUCCGCCCUCCCACCACCCCCUCCCCCUCCUCCUCCUCCUCCGCCUCCGGCACCGGCUUCCUCCACCUGGGAUUUCUGGGACCCUUUCAUGCCUUCAUCGUCCAGGUCAGGGACGGAGGAGGAGUGGGAGGAGACGACCGUUGCUUCUGAGGUUGCCGCGACCACAACGGUUGGGGCAGCCAGCGUGGCGGCCCCACCGUCUGUCAUCAGCGGCUUUUCGAAGGACACUGCCGCCACGUCGAUUACAAGUGAGUUGGCUAUGGUGGUCUCCACCAAGGGGAAAGACCUGGUUGAGAUCAUCAAAGAACUUGAUGACUAUUUUCUGAAAGCAGCUAAUGCCGGCGGGCCGCUCUCAUUGCUCUUGGAAGUCCCCACUUGUACCUUUUCCGACCUAAGAUCCUCAGGUAGAGUUUAUGGGAGUGGGAGGAAUCUGAAUCCAUUGUUGUGGACGUGGAAUUCGAGUCCGAAAUGGAAUGGUGGAUUUGGGAAAUGCAUUGAGGACUCAAUUGGGAAUGUGAAUAUUGGUGGUGGUGUAGGUGUAGGUGUAGGUGUUUCCACCACAGCUACUAGUCAUUGCUCAACUGUGGAGAGGUUGUACGCUUGGGAGAAGAAACUGUACCAGGAGGUCAAGAAUGCUGAGAGUUUGAAGUUAGAACAUGAGAGAAAGGCAGCCCAGCUGAGGAAGCUAGAGGUGAAGAGGGCUGAUUAUGUGAAGACUGAGAAAGCCAAGAAAGAAGUGGAGAAAUUGGAAUCAAGGAUGAUGGUUGCUUCACAAGCAAUCGAAACCACGUCUGCUGAAAUAAUUAAGUUGCGGGAGUCAGAACUCUAUCCACAGCUCGUUGAUCUUGUAAAAGGAUUGAUGGGCAUGUGGAGAAGCAUGUAUGAGUGUCACCAAGUACAAACUCACAUAGUUCAGCAGCUGAAGUAUGUCAACGCCAUUCCAUCUACAAACCCAACCUCUGAAAUUCACCGGCAGUCAACUCUCCAACUUGAGCUUGAAGCACAACAGUGGCACAUCUCCUUCUGCAACCUUGUUAGGGCCCAAAGGGAUUACAUUCAGUCCCUAACUGGCUGGCUCAGGCUUAGCUUGUUCCAACUCGGCAACAAACCAGCAGUCAGAACUGGACUGGAUUCUGCAAUUUACUCCUUUUGUGAAGAGUGGCAGCAUACUGUCAACAAUGCUCCAGACAAAGUAGCAUCUGAAGGAGUCAAGGGCUUCUUAACAGUGAUCCGUGCUGUUGUUGUACAGCAAACAGAAGAACAAAAACAGAAGAAGAAGUCAGAUUCAGUAUUUAAAGAGCUUGAGAAGAAGGCAAUUGAGCUAAGAUCACUUGAGUCUAAGUAUGGUCCAUAUUAUAUGGCCGACAACUACAGCAGUACCAGAAGCAAGGAUCCAGUAGGGGAGAAGCGAGCAAAAGUGGAGAAUUUGAGAGUAAGAGCUGAGGAUGAGAAGGCCAAGUAUGAGAAGUCAGUUAGUGUAACGAGGGCAAUGACACUGAACAACCUGCAAAUGGGGUUGCCGCAUGUCUUUCAGUCAGUGACCGGUUUUGCCAAUGUCUGCACACAUGCAUUUGAGUCUGUCUAUAACCAGGCUAGAGGUACUGAUGAGAUGCAGAUGCAUGAUGUGAAGCGACUUUUGCCUUGAGAGAAUAGGCUGCUCAACUCCUAUAUGGUUGGCCAGAGAAAGUGUGUACUUAGUUUUGCCUGUGUAUACUUUGUUUUGACUGAAGAAAAAGGGUCAAUUCUGAUGCAGAAUAUUGACAAGAUUAUAUCCUUGUAGUUCGGUGAAAUACAGUUCUGACUGUAAGCCAUAAGAAAGGUCUCUGUCAUGCAAGGCAUCUUCCGUAUGGAGGUAGCAAGAUAUUACUCGUGAUUAAAUGCAUACUUCUGACAGAACGGUGGAAAACAUUCAGCAGUAGAGGAUCCUAAGUCUGUUUAAAUUUUGAUUUAGGUAUUAGAGUUGUUUGUUUAAACAAGUAUUAGUGUCCAUAUAAAUUCCUUCUGUUUGUUCACUCUGUAGGAUCUUUAUCCAAUUUUGCGUAGCCGCAUCAGGUUUCUUUACGUCUGUCAGCUACUCAUCAUUCUUUUCUUGUCCUUUCUCUCCCUUUUUUGGUUGCUAGUUUAUGUCAAUUAUUUCCCUGGUUUGAGUGUGGAGGCAAAUUUGGAGCAGAAAUUUUGCACUAGAGAAUCUCC